AUGUCUUCAAGAAGAAGUCGAGCAGCCCGAGAUACAGCGAAAGAUAUCAUUCUAGGUUUAGCACCAUCAGGACAGGGACCUCGUCCUCCGAAGGAAGGAGUUAAGCGAUCUAAUUCUAUGGAUGUUAGAACGCGCUCCUCAACAGCGUCUUCCUCGUCUAAGGCUGUUGAUUUGAAUCAACGUUCGUCAUCUGUUAUCGUGGAUCGUCGUCCCGAUAAUUCUGCCAUUCAAAACCUUCAAUCUCAACUAAGCGAACUUCAACGUCAUAACAAAGAACUUUUAGCUGCUGAACAGGCGGCUCGCCGUCGUCUAGAAGCUAAUCAUGAUGUUCUCCAACGUCAAGUGAUGACCACAGGCAACAACGGAAGUCGAGAUGUUGAUGAUUUACGACGUCAAGUAAUGUCCGUAGAUGGAAAAGUGAUGGCGAUGAGCAAUGAUAUUGGAAGCCUACGAACAACCUUAGAUCGUCAACUACAAGAUCUCAUUCAUAUUAAUAAUGAAAUGAAAAGUCGACCCACAGUUGAUCCAAAUAAAAUAGCCAGUUCCAAUCAGCAAUUGGAUAAUAAAAUACGUGAUUUGCACAGCAAUAUCAUGCAAUUGAAACAGCAAUUAGAACAUGAAAAAACUGAAAGAAAUCGAGAAGCCAAGCUGUUUGGAGACAAUAUCCAUCGACUACAAGAGAUAAUCCGUCAGCAAGACCGUAGCAAAACUGAUAUUCUCAACAAUUUGUCAAAAAAGGGAGAUUCAGACAAAGAGAAGCUAACGGAAGAAGCUAAACGGCUGAAUGAGAAAAUCAAUUUGAUCACCAAUGAAGUAACAAAGAAUAUGACUGAAAGUACCUCCAGGAUUCGUGAUGAAUUUUCAAAUAAGUUUCUAUCCCUUGAAUCCGCUCUUCGAUCUCAAAAUGAAAAUUUAAAUGAAUUGGAUCGUGAAUCGAGAAAAAAAAUAGAUUUGAUGCUUGGCUCUCAAACAGAUCAAAUAGAGACAUUGAAUAAAAUGAUUCAGGUGGACAGAGCUAAACAGAAGGACCGUUUUCAGAAAGUUAAUGAAGCAUUAGCUGCUUUAGAACAUCAUCUAGAAUUAGGAAACAAGAAAAUGGACAAAAUUAUGAAUGCCGAAAUUCAGUCGAGAAAAUUGCAUGAGAAAGGACUAUUGUCAAAAAUGCAAGAGAUUGAGGAAAAAAUUAAUAAUUAUAUGGGUGGAAUGAGCCGUUCAAUUGAAGAUGUUAUUUCUGGAAAAGGAACCGGAAAGAUGCCUGCACUUGAUAUUGAUGCGUUACGUCGAGAGAUGGAAGCUAUUGCUGCUGACAAGAAUAAGCUCAGUAUGGAAGGUCUUCUGAAGUUAGAAGAAAAAAUGACUCGAGUUCAGACAGGUCUAUAUCAUGACAAACGAGAUCUGGCUCAGAAAAUGGUUAAUAUGGAAGAGAAUGAGCACACGAAUAAAUUGAAAGCGCAAAUGAUAAAGUUAGACAGCGUACAGGACGAGUUAGAAAGAACACAAGAACGAAUCAGGGACAAAGUUGAAAAGCAGAUUCCCCAAGAUUUAAAUGAGUUGUCGGCUAAAGCGGAUAAUCUGAAGCAUCAAUUGAAUGCCCGAAUUGACAAAGAAGAAGAAGAAAGAUAUUUGGCGAUCAAAGAGCUUCAAGAAGCAUUUCAACGUCUUCAGAUGAAACAACAUCAAAUGCCGGAUGAUGCGAUUCUUCGUCGUGACGUAGAUGAAUGUAAAAUGGCCAUCAGAAAGUUAGCAGAAUCCGUGACGACAGUUAAGAAUGUAUUGGAUCAGAAGAUAACCGAAGAAUCAAGACAGAGGAAACAAGACUUCGACAAGCUUUCGAACGGAAAAUAA